AAACGAGGCGUUAGAAUGAAGAAAAAUACUAAACCUGUUGUGCAGUAAAACCCUAUUUUCUUCACUUCACUCAUUCAAAUCAUGAAGCUUCUAAUUCAAUCAAUUUUUGGUCACCGGAGUCCGCUGCUUAAACGGUUAGGCCGCCGUUACUACGCGGCGUCAACGGAAGAGUACGCGAAACGGAACUACGCAAAUAAUGUGUCGGAGUACAAUACAGUUGUUGGUUCUGUCACUGCUCAACGCAGGCAUUAUCUGUUGAGAGAAGUGUACGAUGAUAUGGUGCUGGAUGGAGUACAGCCGAGUCGAGAUACCUUUCAUUCCUUGAUUGUUGGCACAAUGAAAGGAGCUCGAUUGCAGGAUGCAUUCUUCUUUUCUGAUCAAAUGAAAGCUACGGGUUUGCUUCCCGAUGUAGUUUUAUACAACUUUUUAAUCUCCACAUGUGCCAAAUGCAACAAUUCUGACCAGGCAGUGAAGAUUUUUGAAGAAAUGAAGAAAAAUGAAGUGAAGCCAAAUGGACAAACUUAUGUGUGUCUACUUAAUGCAUGUGCAGCAGCUGGCCGAUUAGAUCGAGUGUAUGCUAUUGUCCGUGAUAUGACUGCAGCUGGUGCUGCUUUGAACAAGUUCUGCUAUGCAGGAUUGAUUACUGCACACAUGAACAAGAAGCCACUAUCCGAUGAUACCUCAAAGAAAAUAAUCGAAUUUGUUGAGCAAUCAAAAGGAUGGUCAUCUGCUGAAUCAUCAAGUUACAAUGCCGAAAAUGUAAUGAUGGGUGUAUCUGAAGAGGAAUUAUAUAAUUUACCAACUGCCGACUAUGUUCACAGGCGAGGAGGAUUUAUAGUUAAGCAACUAACCGUAUAUCAUGUUGCAUUUCAUGCCUGUGCAGAACUUAGGAAUGUUGAGGCCAUGGAAACUCUUCUAGAAAUGCUUAAGAAGGAUGGGAAAACUCCAGAUGUCUUUAUUGUGUUGCAAACAAUGAGGUGUUAUCUACAUUCUGGAGACAUUGACAAUGGUGCUAAAACUUUUGAAGAAUACAUGAAUUCCGGAAGGACUCCUGCAAUUGAACUAUAUACGACGCUUGUAGAAGGUGCCAUGGUAGGGUAUACUCCCAAGGGAAUGCAACUUGCUCAGGAUACACUGGUAAACAUGACUUCCAGAAACUAUUUCUUGAGUCCAAAACUAGGAAGUGAUCUCCUCCUUGUAGCAGCUGGUGAAAAGACCGGUGGAUAUACAACAGCUAAUUAUAUAUGGGACCUGAUGCAAGCUCGCAAAAUAAUUCCUUCAUUAUCAUCCGUGGAAGCAUAUUACAAUGGUCUAAAAGAACGUGAGAUACCUGGAGACGAUCCACGGCUGUUGCAAGUUUCUCGUAUUUAUGACAACCUACGUACACGAUUUGGAGGUGGACCAAGACGACAAUAAUUGUCUACAUUUUUGAUGUAUUAAACAAGGGCAUUGAAAAUGAGAGCUUCAGAUUAUCAGUGAAGAAAUGACAGUUGACUCUGCUCUGGUUCUUAAACAAUGGAAGGCAACCAAAUUGGUGAUCAAUCAAUCAAUCAAUCAUAAGAGUAAAAUUUGGCCGCUGUUUGCUUGUUUUUAUCUUUAACUUUUUCUCCUCUAGUAGUUUAGUACUGCAUCAGGUUUAAUAUCCGUAUUGAAUUAACUUUUCCUUUGGGUAUUCGAUCAGGCUCAUUAAACAAGCAGCUAUUACUCAGCCCGUCUUCUAAGCUGCAUACCAUUUUCAUAUAGCUAUUCUCAACUUUGGUGCAAACUAAAUUAAUUGAUUUAUAAGUGUAAUUUUAGAAUAAUGUUACCUAUCACAGGAUUAUUGAGCUUCACAAUUCUCGUAA